AUGGGGAACAAAGUGUGGCCAACAAUCAGCGAAGAUACGCUGCGACGGUCAGCGGCUGGAUGGAGCUUUGUGCGGCAGGUCCAGGACCUUGGAUGCCGCAUAGCAGAUGGACCCAUCAGCGGCAUCCUCCAACCAAAGCAAGUCCUACAGCAUGUUCACAGUGAAGAGUUCGUCAUUGUAGUCAAGUCGUGCUACUGGGGAUUUCUUUCUUGGCCGCUGGUUCUGGUCGAGCAUGAAAGUCAUGUUACCCGUCUGCAGGUGUCGUGCGAUGCUGGUGCGAAAGCUCGAUGGCAUCACUUGUCAAACCACGAUGAUUGGGACUCUUGGCUUGCCCUCACUGCUGAGGUGGUUUGGUCAGAGUCAGUCUUAGAUGAAGGCGUGAGUCUGCGUGUCAUUUGUGCCGGUGAGCCACUCAUUCUGGCAGCUCUGAAAACUCCUUGGAUUUUGAGUUUCGGCGACCUUGUCACCAUUGCCACCUUCAUGAAAGUCCACAAGCCGAGGAGCAUGGACAGAUUGGAACUGUUGCGCUUGUUGGCAACAUCUUUCGGGGAAGAUUUCGCCGAGCAGGUAUUGGAGCUGGAUCAGGAGUACUCUAAGGGCAAACAGACUGAUGCUGACAACUUGGAUUUUGCCGAGCAGCUACUUGAAGGCCUAGAAGGAGAGCUGAAAGAAAGAGUGCAGAAACACAACGACUUGGCCAAGAAGAAGGCAUGGUCUGAUGGGCUGCUGCAAAGGGUGGAAGAGAAAAAGGAGAAGAAGGCUAAGGCCAAGUCCAAGUCAAAGAACCCAUCUAAGAAAGCAAAGGCUAAACCAAAAGCGGCUGCAAAGAAGAAGGCGGCCAAUACAAGAAAGCGCAAGGCUCCAACUCCUGAUGGCACAGCGGCAGAUAUUCAUGAAGACCAACCUGAGGCUGAGGAACAUGUCCUGGCACCAGCUGAUGAACAUCCCACUGAUGCUUUGGGGGAAGGAGAUCGUCAGGUACAGUCUUUGUUUGGCGGCGGCUUUGAACCUUGUGAUGACACCACACCUCCGAACCAGGGAACGAUUGAGGAGGACAAAACUUUGCCCAUGGAAGUGGAUGAGGCGGAGGAACAGCCACUUGCUGAUGAUGGUGAAGAUGGUGAAGACAAAGCAGAGUUGCUUCACAUGAAAAAAGAGGUGCUUCAAGAACAAGAAGUGGUUGCAACGGAGCAAGGUCCAUCAUCGUCGUCGUCUGUUACCAGGAAAAAGGUUUACAAAUCCCCAUCCGAAGUUCUUUCCCUCCUGGAACCUCCUGGGUUCAAACUGACCAUGAGCAAGAAUGAGUGGCGUUGGAAAGUGGAAUGCAAGAAGGGCCACAGGCGUGCUUUUGACCCACACUUUUCAAAAAAAACCUUUUCCAAGCAGUUUCUGAACAUUGAAUGGGGCUACGCGCUGAAGAUUGUACAUGCACACGCAUGGCAAAAGUGGCACCUUGUCAGGGAUGAUCCUGCAUAUAAGCUGCAGGCUGGGCAAGAGGAACAAGAGCCAGGAAUUAUCCCUCAAGAGCUCCUGGAUUCUUUGCAAAGCACCAUCGAUGACCUACCUUCUGCCAAGGCCUACGGCAAGAGACAGGGCAGUGAGUCGGAGUGA